AUGCUACUACGGUUGCCGCUUCCGCUUCAUCUUCUUCGCCGUCACGAACACCAUCAAUCUCUGCUUCCCAAUUUGGUAUCACCCAAACGCUUCAACUAUCAUAUCUUUUCUCAUCCUCAGUCCACAUCUCCAAACGUUCCCGUUUUGCGAGCCACUUAUCCGGUUGAUUUGAGCUCGCCGUCUUCCCUUUCCGAGGAUGACCAGGAGGUUGAGCUGGGGCGUUUGCUGUCUCUGUUGCCGGAGGAGAUGCGGAGGCGUGUCAGUGACCACCCGGAGUUGCAGCAGUUGAUGGAAGUGGUUAUGGAUUUAGGACGGAAACCGCUGGCCAGGUUUCCCUCCGGCGAUUUUGUUAUUUCCGAGUAUCCAAUCACAGUUCAGGAUAUUGAGUACGCCACUGCUCAGGUUGGUGACUUUGCUGUUGAUAAUCGAGCAGGAAUCAGCAGGACAUUGCAUCGGAUCAGUGCUAUUAGAAAUCGAAAGGGCACGAUUAUUGGUCUAACUUGUCGUGUUGGCAGGGCGAUUUCAGGAAGUGCCAAGUUGUUGCAAGACUUGGUUCAAGACGGGGCUUCUUUGUUGCUCAUUGGACCUCCAGGUGUAGGCAAAACUACAAUCAUUAGGGAAGUAGCUCGGAUGCUGGCAAAUGAUUACAAGAAGCGUGUAAUGAUUGUUGACACCUCCAAUGAGAUUGGGGGUGAUGGUGAUAUACCUCAUUCUGGAAUUGGCAGUGCUCGGCGCAUGCAAGUUCCCAACUCUGAUAUGCAACAUAAGGUAUUGAUAGAGGCAGUUGAAAACCACAUGCCGCAAGUAAUUGUAAUUGAUGAAAUUGGUACGAAGCUUGAAGCAAUGGCUGCAAGUACAAUUGCACAGCGUGGGAUCCAGCUUGUUGCUACUGCUCAUGGAAUUACCAUUGAGAAUCUAAUAAUGAAUCCUUCAUUAGAGAUGCUUGUCGGUGGAAUACAGAGUGUGACACUUGGGGAUGAAGAGGCCAGCCGCAGGGGCGUUCAGAAGACAGUACUGGAGAGGAAAGGCCCAUCAACAUUUAGUUGUGCAGUAGAGAUUAUUUCAAAGACACAGUUGCGCAUUCACCGUAGCCUUGAAGCAACUGUUGAUGCUAUUCUUUCAGGUCGUCUUCCAAAUGUAGAAGUGCGCAAGAUGAAGUCUCAAGAGCAGGAAGAGAUUUUACAAAAGGGACCCGUUAUUGACAGCCCUCUUGAAAAUGAUGGUGAAAUUAUACUUAAAGAUGCUUUGGGAAGGGCUGAUGUCCAAACCAGGCAAGAAGAGUCACCUUUGACGUUGCCUAUUGACAUGUUAGAAGAUUCUUGGGAGCACCGAUUGCCACUUCGUCUAUUUUGUUAUGGGAUUUUAGAGGCAACUGUUAUUCAAGGGAUUAAACAGUUGAAAAUGAAUGACGCGGACCUUCAAUUGACUGAUAAUAUCAGUGAAGCAAAUGCCUUACUUGCCUUGCAAUCAAAGCUUAAAAAGAAUUCAAGGAUCCAAGCUGCCUUUAAAUCAAAUGAUAUUCCCAUUUAUGUGACGAAGACAAGUUCCUUGGAGCAUGUAACAAAAGCCAUGCGAGCAUUGCUAAGUGAUUAUGAAGAUGGUUUAAUUGUCUUUGGAUCAUUUGAUAAGAUAAAGGAUUCGGAGAAGGCUGAUGCUUUGGAGGAGGCAAGAAUGGCUAUAGAGCAUGUAGUAAUUCCUAAGGGAGAACAUGUGGAUCUACUACCAAGGUCAUACCAGGUGGUAUCACUUCAACUGGAGCUUGUUCGUAGCUAUCAAUUAGAAGCAAGGAGAAUCCGUGGAGAGUUAGAUGUACAUUAUCUUCGCAUCAUGCCAUCCCAUUACGGGACGGAUGAAGUGAAAGCUCUUGAAACUUUUGAGUUUGAUGGUGAAUUUGAUGAUUUAUCUUCCUCCAAUGGCAAUGCUAAUGGCUCACUGAACAACUCGGAUAGAUUGCCUUUACUGCCUGAGUAG